AUGAAAUGCACCCGCGUGAGGUCACGAUGAUGAUUGUUUACGUUAUGUACAACUGUGAACAAGUGUGUCGCUCUACACUAACCGUAUUAUCAGCUUCUACCUAAAUGUCUGUUAGGUAGCUUAUCUGGUGGUGUACUUCGUGUUCAAGAAUUGCAGAAUGGAUGCUCUCCUGGGUGAAAACAGUAUAACCUCCCUUAGCUCACUGGAUGUUCUAUCAGCUGAGAAAGAUGACAGCAGCAGUGAUACUGGAGCCAAGGAUGGAUCCAGUAAUAUUGCCAAAUGGAACCAAACCAGUAUAUUAGAAAGUAUGCUGAUGGAAGCUAAGAAUAAUGAAGAAACCAAAGAAGUGGACCAAGAUUUGAAAGAUCAAGAUGAGGAGUUGCGAGCAUUGGGUAUAUCUGUUGUUGACCAGCUCUCAUUGGAGCGUGAUGUUGAGGCUGCAGUGGAUAAAGCUGUUACAGUCCAUGCACGUAAACAAAGGAUGCAAAUGUUAAAAAAGGAAAUCCAGGAUGUCAAGAAAGAAAUCAAGCAAGGAGACUUAAAAGUCCACAUCCUUAGUGAAAGGCUUUCAGGAAUGAGACGGAGAGUUGUUGAUCCUCGUCAGUAUUUCAAUGUAGAGAAGGAAAUGAAAAGCAAAGAUGAGCAACUCAGAGUCCUGAAAAAUCGUGAGGAAUAUCUGAUGGAGAAAUUGUCAGCUGCAGAAAGCAAUGAGGCAGAGCUGGAUGACCUGGAGUUAGAAGAUGGAGAAAUUGUAGAGGAAGGGGAUGACACCUUACAGGAAGUUAAUAUAGAUGAAAAGAAAUCUCAGAUGUUCGGGAAUGAGAAAGAGAGACUUAUCCGUGAGGGGAAGAUGACCCCUUUUGGUACUGUCAUGUCUUCCACUUCAAGUAAAACUGUAUCUUUUGUACGGCCCAAUGUCACCCAGUCUGAAAAGCGAAAGAGUCAGGCUGCUGCUCAGAAGAAGAAGAGUGAGAAAGAAAGCCUUAUCAGCACUGGUGAAAUGACACCCUUUGGAAGUGUUGUCAGCACAACAAAGACUGUAAUAAAUAGUGACAGAGAGAAAAAGAAAACUGGAACUGCACUGACUGAUUUUGAGAAAUAUCUUCAAGACCAAAUUGAUCGUCAAAAGGAACAUAGUAAGACAAGUAAAGGUAUCAAACGCAAGAAGUCAUCUGGUGACCCAAAAUAUGGUAUACCAAAAAGAAAACAAAAGCCAAAAGAAUAUGUUGGUGAUAUUGGAUUUGACCAAGAUGGCAGGGAAGCAAGUGACGAAGAAGUUUCCCUCUCAGCCAUUAAAAGUAAUGUAAAAUCAAAUUAUGAAGCUAAGGUAUCAAAGGCUAAAAGUAGUGAUUUGAAAAAGAAGCCUCGAAGUAAAGACCCUAUAAAAAUGAAGGUCUUGCAUCCAAAACAGAAGAAAACUAAGAAAGUUAUCCUUGGCAGUGUUACAAGUGAACUUGAGGCAGACCAAUACAAAGAAGCUCCUCGGAGGGUGUUGUCAGAGAAGGUCAGUUUUGAGGGAGGCGAGUCAGAAAUAUCUCAUUCUGAAGAUGACAGUAAUUCUGAAUACAUCCCAUCUGAUAAGGAAAGUUCAGAUGAUGAUGGGAACUUGGGGGAGAAAAAGAGUAAAGUAAGAGAGAUUAUGGACAGACCAAAAAGGAAAAGAACAAAGAAAGUUGAGAUUGAUAAUGACUUUUCUCCUGAUGAAAUACCAAAGAGUAAAGGAAGGAGGUCAUUAAAAGAGCUUGAUGAUGGAAAUAUAGAUGAUUAUGUAGCAAGAAUAGAGAAUUGGAAGGAAGAAAGGUUAAAACAGAAACAUGCCAAAAUCCUCAGAGGUGAAGACUUGGAUUCUGAAGAGGAGGAAGAGGGUUAUGAGGAGUUUGAUGGAGGAUAUAAAAUACCUCUCACAAUUUGGAAUAAGUUAUAUAAGUAUCAACGUACUUGUGUCAAGUGGCUCUGGGAGCUGCACACUCAGGGUUGUGGAGGGAUUUUGGGUGAUGAAAUGGGCCUUGGAAAAACAAUUCAGGUGAUAUCUUUUCUUGUAGGCCUUUCUUAUUCUCGUUUGAAUGAACGUCAUCAGAGCUGGAAAGGCUUAGGUCCUGUGCUAAUUGUGUGUCCUGCUACUGUGCUUCAUCAGUGGGUUAAAGAAUUUCACAAAUGGUGGCCACCUUUCAGAGUUGCUAUUCUCCAUGAAUCCGGAUCUUUUAUUGGAAAGAGGUCAUCUCUGAUUUACAACAUUAAUAAAUAUGAUGGCAUACUUAUUACAUCAUAUUCUGGUGUUUCCAAUCAGAUAGAAACACUGGUGCAAUAUAAAUGGCAUUAUAUAAUUCUUGAUGAAGGGCACAAGAUUCGGAAUCCGGAGGCACAGAUUACAGUUGCUUUGAAGAGGUUUCAGACUCAACAUAGACUUAUUCUCUCAGGGUCACCAAUCCAGAACAGCUUGAAAGAGUUAUGGUCGUUGUUUGACUUUGUGUUUCCUGGGAAACUUGGCACACUGCCAGUGUUUCUUGCAGAAUUUGCAGUUCCUAUUACUCAGGGAGGAUAUGCUAAUGCUUCCAAAUUAGAGGUCCAAACAGCAUUUAAAUGUGCAUCUGUUUUACGAGAUACCAUCAACCCUUAUUUACUUCGGAGAAUGAAGAAUGAUGUAAGAAAUCACUUAUCACUGCCAGAUAAAAAUGAACAGGUAUUGUUCUGCAGUUUAACAGAAGAACAGAGAAAUGCUUAUCAUGAAUACCUCAAUGGUGAUCAAGUUAAAUGGAUUAUGGGAGGAAGAAUGAAGGUUUUUGUGGGACUAAUUAAUCUGCGGAAGAUUUGUAAUCACCCAGAUUUGUACACUGGGGGACCUCGUACCUAUGAUGGUUUUGAAUCUGGAUUACAGCCUGAAUUGAAGUAUGGUUGGUGGGGUCGAUCUGGCAAGAUGCACGUCCUUCAAUCAAUAUUACGGCUGUGGUCAAAACAAGGGCACCGCGUGCUUCUUUUUACACAGUCACGGCAGAUGAUGUGUAUCCUUGAAAAGUUCCUUAUAGAUGAAGGCCAUUCUUAUUUAAAAAUGGAUGGCACCACCACUGUGUCAUCACGCCAACCAUUAAUUGACAAGUUCAAUGGGGACACUUCAUACUUUGUCUUCCUUUUGACAACCCGUGUUGGAGGACUAGGUGUGAACUUGACAGGAGCAGACAGAGUUGUAAUAUUUGACCCAGACUGGAAUCCAUCCACAGACUCACAGGCAAGGGAACGUGCCUGGAGAAUUGGGCAGAUGCGCCAUGUUACAAUUUAUAGAUUACUCACAUCUGGAACCAUUGAAGAGAAGAUUUAUCAUAGGCAGAUUUUCAAGCAGUUUUUAACCAAUCGUGUGCUAAAAGACCCAAAACAGCAACGUUUUUUCAAGACCAACGACUUGUAUGAGCUUUUCACUUUGAAUGAAGGUGAGAAAGAGAAAACAGAAUCUUCAGCCAUAUUUGCAGGAACAAAUUCAGAAAUAAAGGUAGAUGUAAAUGAUGAUAACCAGGAUAGUGAUGAAGAAAUAAGUAGGAUUUCCAAAGCUACCAAUAAGCAGUUGAAGAAAAGUGAUAGAUAUAUCAAAAAAGGGCAUUAUGAUAAAUCUAGUAACCAAAUACCUGCCAAAAAAGAGAAGCCUAGGAAAGUAAGCAAUAAAGAUGAGAACAAACAAUCAGACUGUAGUUUGAACACAAAUCUUAAAGUACAGGAAGAUGCAGAUCUGAAAGAAAGAAUGAGGAACCUUGCGAAGAAAAUUAGCUUGAACAUUGCAAAGAAAACUUUGCCAGUGGAGAAAAAUACAGGUUCCCCUGAGAGAUGUGACAGACUCAAAGAUCAUCCCCAAGGUUAUGAAAUUGGUAAAAGUAACAAAUCAGAAGAAAAUAGACAGGAUAUCCUAACUCAGGAUGUUAUUGAUAUAAAAAAUGAAGUAGAUGAGGAACACAUGGAAAUAAAAACUGAAAUAGAAGAGGAACAAAUGGAUAUAAAAACUGAAAUAGGCGAAGAAUGGACGGAUAUUAAAACUGAUAAAGGUGAUGGGUCCAUGGAUAUGAAAGCUGGAAUACAUGAAGAACACAUGGAAAAAAUUGAAAUAGUUGAACAUGACAUAAAAGUUGAACAUGAAGAUCCAAGUGAAGUUGAACAUGAAGAUUCAAGUGGCAAAAGUGAUCCUUCCAAUGCUUUUUCUGUGACACAAGAAGAAAUUGGUCUUAAAUUGCCUCAUCUUGCCGAAGAUAUGGAAAAUAUAUUUGUGGAGCACAAGUCUAAUGUAUCUGAAUACCAGUCCGUCAGCAGUUUUGAGCUUAAUAAAGAAACAGGAAAUGGCAAAAAUUCUGAUUGUGGAAACUGUAGCCAACUGGAGGAUAAAUUGUCAGAGGGGCAUAGAAAAAAGCACAAAAAGAAAGAUAAGCACAAGGAAAGAGAAAAACUCAAAGACAGAGAUAAGAAAAAGCAUUCUCAUAAGAAAGGUAAAAAGAUUGAUGGAGAGAGAAUAGAUUAUCUUGUAAAGAAACGGAUAUACCGUAAAACAGAAGAGGAGGAGGCAGCAGAAAAAGAAAAUGCCAAAUCCCAAGAUGAAUACGUUCUAACAAAGCUCUUUAAGAAAUCAGGGGUUCACACAGCCCUUAGUCAUGAUUCAAUUUUAAGCAACAAUGAUCCAGAUUAUCUUCUUAUGGAAGGUGAAGCUGAGAGAGUAGCCAAAGAAGCACUGAAGGCUGUAAGAGCAUCUCGUGCUAGGUGUAGUAGACCUUGGAAAUCCCAUAAUGAAACUUCAGACCCAAAGAAAAGUAAACACAAGUUUGGAGGUAAGAAGAGUAGAGUGUUUGCUGAUUCCGUUGAUAGAGAAGUAAAGAAAGACGAAAUAAAAUCAAAGAAAGAGAAAGAACGUAUGUUCGAUGGAGGCUUGGAGGAUGAAGAUUCAGACAACCCUUCAGAGAUGGAUUUUAUUCCCAAAAAGAAAAUUGGAAAUAAAACUUCCAAUGGCCUGUCAUCUGCACAAUUGCUUUCUCGUAUUCACCAGAGGAACAAAACUGUUGCAUCCACAGAGUUAACAAAUGAUGAGCCAGAUGAAGAUUAUGAUCCUGAUUACCCUUCCACUGCUGUAUCAUUAGAAGCAGAACCUGAAGAAGUUGAAGAAGAAAUUCAGGAAAAUAUAGACUUACUGACAGAUAUACGGAACUUUGUUGCAUUUCAGGCAGAAGUAGACGGCAGUGCAUCUACCCAAGAGAUUAUCAACAGAUUCCGUGCUAGACUGCCACCAUCACAGACUCCAUUCUUCAAGGCUCUUUUGACCAAAAUUUGCGAUUUCCAUAGAAAAUCAUCAGGUGAGGGAAUUUGGUCUUUGAAGGAAGAAUUUAGAUGAAGCAGUAUUAUAAUGAUGCAUAUUGUAAUUUAAUAUUUGUAGUUGUAUAUAUCAUAUUUUUUGUAUAAUGUAUAUAGUCCUGAGUUUUUUAUUUACACAAUUAUCCAUAGUUAUCUGUCUGUAAAUAUGUAUUUUGAUUUAUAAUUUACAUUAAAAGUUUUUAGUAAAA